CAGUUUCUUCAGCGGGUGUUCAGCAUAGAUACCAUUGUGAAACCUCUUCCUCCUGCAAUUGCAUACACUGUCUCUCGAAACUUGAGCUUCUUCACACGAAUCUUCACACAGUUCUCUGAUCCUGGAGGUAUCUCAAACGCCCAGAAAUCUCUUGGAUUAGGACAAGAGGAGAAAGUGCGUCGAGUCCGCUGA